UUGAAGUCAGCUGACCUGAAGUCUGGUGAUCAUUCCUGGUGCAGCUGUCAUGUCAUCUGUAUGGUACCUGAGUGUCCUGUGUCUGCUGUGUCCGGUCCUGGGAGAGAACGGGACCCGACCCAAUAUCAUCCUGCUGCUAAUGGACGACAUGGGGUGGGGAGACCUGGGUGUGUUUGGUGAGCCCUCCAAAGAGACCCCAAAAUUGGACCAGAUGGCAGCAGAGGGGAUGCUGUUUCCAGAUUUUUACACAGCCAAUCCUUUGUGUUCCCCAUCGAGAGCAGCUUUAUUAACAGGACGUCUUCCUAUACGGAAUGGAUUCUACACCACAAAUGCCCAUUCCAGAAAUGCUUACACCCCCCAAGAAAUAGUGGGUGGAAUCGCAGACUCUGAAGUGCUCCUCCCAGAACUACUGAAGAAGGCCGGAUAUGUCAAUAAGAUUGUCGGCAAAUGGCAUUUGGGGCACAGAGCCAAGUAUCACCCAUUGAGACACGGCUUUGAUGAGUGGUUUGGGUCACCGAACUGUCACUUCGGACCUUAUGAUGACAAACAGCAACCCAAUAUACCGGUGUACCGCGACUGGGAUAUGAUUGGGAGAUAUUAUGAAGACAUAGAAAUUAAUCAUAAGACUGGGGAAUCAAAUUUAACACAGAUCUAUCUGCAGGAAGCUUUGAACUUUGUCGGUAAAUACGGGUCAACAAAGCAGCCGUUCUUCUUGUACUGGGCCAUUGAUGCCACCCAUGCUCCCGUCUACGCCUCUAAACCUUUCCUGGGAAGUAGCCGCAGAGGACUGUACGGCGAUGCUGUCCGUGAAAUUGAUUCCAGCGUUGGGAAAAUCUUGGAAUCGAUAAAGAACAUGGGAAUAGCGAAGGACACUUUUGUGUUCUUCACAUCUGACAACGGGGCGGCCCUCAUCUCUGCCCCCAACCAAGGAGGAAGCAACUCUCCCUUCCUGUGCGGGAAGCAAACAACCUUUGAGGGCGGUAUGAGGGUUCCGGGGAUCGCCUGGUGGCCGGGACACUUACCUCCUGGGCAGGUGAGCCACCAGCUAAGCAACAUCAUGGACCUCUUCACCACCAGCCUGGCACUGGCAGGAAUAGACCCCCCUGAGGACAGGACUAUAGAUGGCAUCGACCUAUCGCCCGUCAUGCUGGAGGGCAAAGUGACUGACAGGCCAAUAUUCUUUUAUCGUGGCAACGAGAUGAUGGCAGUCCGACUGGGGCUAUACAAGGCUCAUUACUGGACCUGGACAAACUCUUGGGAGGAGCUAUCUCAGGGCAUUAAUUUCUGUCCGGGGCAGAAUAUAACUGGAAUUACAACCCACGACCAAGUGGAGCAUGACCUCAACCCGCUCCUGUUCCACGUGGGAAGGGACCCUGGAGAGAAGUACCCCAUAAGUGUAUUAAGUAAUGAAUACCAGCAAGUGAUGCCGAGGAUUUCCUACGUCGUCCGCCAACACAAGGAAUCCAUGAUCCCCGGGGAGCCUCAGCUCAAUGUGUGUGACCUCGCUGUCAUGAACUGGUCACCCCCGGGAUGUGAGAAGAUCGGAAAAUGUUUGAAUCCGCCGGAGUCAAAACCUUGGAAAUGUGUUUGGCCUCACUGAGCUGUUCUUCGUAUAAUCCAGAUAUGGAAGACACGAGUUACCGGCCAAUGUGACAUUCCAUCCCACCAUCAUCGUCGCAACCAAAAUCUUCAGUUUAUAGAAGUAAAGUCCGCUUUGGCGUGGACUUGUAGAGGCCGCCGAUGCCUAAUUCUCCCGAAUCAUCAAUAGCAUGUUACACAAUAUAUUUUGUAAGACCGGCAGUUCCAAUCACGGCUCUACAUUUCCCAUGAGGCAUUGCAAGACUGGCAAUUACAAUCAGAGAUCUGCAACAGCUGGAGGGUCGCACGUUGCCCACCCCUUGCCCUAAGGAAGGGUUAGUUCACCUUUUCAGAAAAUAAAUUAAAAGGGACAGAUAUGAGCAAUCUCAAUUGGUCAAAACAAUGUGCCUUUUAUGUUGUUAGAUGAUGUGCCUGCUGGUUAGGUUAGCUACAGAAGUGACCAGAGCAAUGCAACGUUCUAAGUGUGAUGUCACAGUGCUGGUGUGAUGUCAUAAUGGUGCUGUGAUUCAAUGCACAAGAUGAUGUGCCUGCUGGUUGGGCUCACUGCACCGCUGAAGAGCUUUUGCUAAAGAUUUACAUAAAAGAUGAAACCCGCUACUGUCCGAAAAUAAAAUCUAUCAUUUAAAAAGA